ACAUUUCAUCAUGUGGUAUGACGCGAAGAUUGGAUUAAAAGGAUGACAAGAUAGAGACAAGUGCCAGCUAGUCAGGGACUUAACCAAAGAGGAGAUGGAAGAACUAAAGAACGGAAGCCAAUAUGACUUCACAAAAAAAACUGCAACAAAAAACCAACGCGGCGUUUAUCAAAAUUAUCAAAAUUAUCAAAAUUACACAAAAUUGGAAAGUAAUAGGAUACUUUAAUAACCAAACCACAAUGGAAAAAGCAGUGGAAAGUUCUAUAGAGGAGAAAGACAUCUCAAAGAUUUGGAUGGUUAGAAAUGCUAAGACGAUUUAUAAAAGUGGAAAACGGAACGUAGAAAAUGAGAUCAACAAGAAAGACAAGAAAGAAAGUAAAGUGAAGAAAAUGAGUAAGGAAGGAACUAUUCAAUCAUUAACAUUCACUUUAAGGGAGGAUAAUGUCCCAUCACCACAGACGCCGCUGAAAAGAAUUUAUAUGGGGCUCUCAAAUAUGGUGACAAGAAAGGGACGACAAAUAGGAAGUAUAAUCACGAAUGAUGAUGGUAGUCCACGAAAAGAUGAAGAUGUUGUGAAGACGAUCCAAAGAUGGCGUUGGAGAGAGAAACAACAAAGAGAUACUGAUAGCGAGAAGAGUGAUAAUAAGAUAGGUCUUGCGAGUUUAGGAAAUCUAGAAGCAGCACCUCUGAAACGCGACAAUGUCACACCCGACGAAGUCGUUAAGAUCAUCAAAGAUAUGAGAGCGGAACAAAAGAUUAAGUGCACUCCAUAUCAAGCAUCUAAUAACAAAUUAUCGAGGAAAAAUUGGAGGAAUUGCAAUCAAUUUUUUUGGAAAAAGAUAAUGAGAUGGAAUGGAAAAGGAUCAAUGGAGAGGCUAUACAAUGAAUAAAAAAUGAACAUAACUUGACGCCACAAAACGUCAAGCAAUGGGCAUUAAAAACAAAUAAUUUCAUGUUGUUAGGCUAAAAAAUUAUCAGCGUAGCAGAGCAAAGCAAGAUCUUACAAGAAUAUACUACGAUUAAUGAAGGUUGCGUGAAACGGUUGAAGGACGAAAAUUGGAGAACCGACGCAAAAGAAAUUGGAGAGAAACGCCCGGUUCCCGAAAUACCUUCACCAAAAGAAUAUGGAAAUUUACAAGAAAAGGAUGAAAGAAGAAA